AUGUCCGAUCCGGACCCGAUAAAACGCGUGGGAGCCGAAUGCCGAUCCGCUCCGGUCACCGGGAUGGAGCUUCUCAGCCCUUCCAAGGUGAAGGAUCGCUCUCAGAACGUCACGGAGAAGGUCACGCAGGUUCUUUCCCUGGAGUCCGACGUCCUUCCGGAACAUAAACUCCAAGUCCCGGAAACAACAUGGUGGAUCUUGCUGCAUUACAGCCCCUUCAAGGCUUUCUGGGACUGGAUCAUCCUCCUCCUGGUGCUCUACACGGCGGUGUUCACACCGUACUCUGCCACGUUUCUUUUGGAUGAACACGGCGACGCGCGUCAGAGGACCUGCGGCUACACGUGUGACCCUCUCAACGUGGUCGACCUGAUGGUGGACGUGCUGUUUAUCGUGGACAUCGUCAUCAAUUUACGCACCACCUACGUGGAUCACAACGACGAGGUGGUGACGCAACCCGGCCGGAUCGCUAAGCACUACAUCAAAGGGUGGUUUCCAAUCGAUCUGUUCGCCGCCAUUCCCUUCGACCUUCUUAUUUUUAGAUCUGGCUCCGAUGAGAUGGUGACCCUAACGAGUCUCCUGAAAACGGCUCGCUUGCUGCGGUUGGUCCGCGUGGCGAGAAAGCUGGACCGCUAUUCCGAAUACGGAGCUGCGGUUCUCUUCUUGCUCAUGUGCACGUUUGUACUCAUCGCCCACUGGCUGGCCUGCAUUUGGUACGCCAUCGGCUUCGUGGAGAGACCUUACACAGAGACCGGCUGGCUGGACAACCUGGCAGAGCAACUGGGAAAGACGUACAACGACAAUGACUCCAACUCCGGUCCGUCCGUCAAGGACAAAUACGUGACCGCGCUGUACUUCACCUUGAGCAGUCUGACAAGCGUCGGGUUCGGGAAUGUCUCUCCUAACACCAACUCGGAGAAGAUCUUCUCCAUCUGUGUCAUGGUCAUCGGCUCUCUUAUGUAUGCUAGCAUAUUCGGAAACGUAUCGGCCAUCAUCCAGCGGCUCUAUUCCGGUACGACUCGCUACCACACGCAGAUGCUACGUGUCAAAGAGUUCAUUCGCUUCCACCAGAUUCCCGUCAGUCUGCGCCAGCGACUGGAGGAAUAUUUUCAACAUGCCUGGUCCUACACCAACGGUAUCGACAUGAACGCUGUGUUAAAGGGCUUCCCUGAGUCUUUGCAAGCGGACAUCUGUCUACACUUGAACAGAUCUCUGCUGCAGACGUGCAAGGCUUUCCGUGGAGGCAGCCAGGCCUGCCUGAGGGCCUUGACCAUGAGGUUCAAGACUGUCCAUGCGCCUCCAGGUGACACCCUCAUCCACUACGGCGACAUCAUUGAUUCACUCUUCUUCAUCUCGCGUGGUUCCAUCCAAAUCAUCAGGGAUGACGUGGUAAUUGCCAUACUAGAGAAGAAUGACAUAUUCGGGGAGCUGAUCCACCUUUACGAGGAACCCGGGACGUCCAAUUCAGAUGUGGUCACAAUCACUUACUGUGACCUACACCGGAUUCAGAGGGACGACCUCCUGGAGGUUCUUGAUUUAUACCCCGGCUUUGCCGACAACUUCUGGAGGAACCUGGACUUGACAUUCGACCUCAGAGAUGUGGGUUUGGAAAUGGCAGAUCAAGUCGCGGCAACAUCAACUGAUGAUUCAGGUGACGACUGCGAUUACAGACACAGGCCAAAACACUUAGUUAACUCUCUGGACUGCAGAAUCAGACCAGAUGGAAAGGAUCAGGAGGAGUCCUACCCUCUUCGGUCUUGCCAGCAUCGUUGCGUCCUGCCUCAAACCCACUGGGAUGAUCGCUGUAGCUGUGGUUCCCUGUGUUCCCAGUCCAGCGAGGACACCACAAAACCUCUCCCUCAGGGCGCCAAAGUAGAGCGGUAUCACUCUGAAGAAGCAAGAAGGGAGUUCCCCGCCCCUGAUGUACAACUACUAACUCCGAAUGGCACUUCGGUGGAAAGGGAAGCAGCGCUGGACCGUAGUCUUCAUGCGCCAUCUUUAAAUGUGCCGGAAAUGCUUCACUACUGGACAGAUCGACGACCUCAACAAUUCUCCAGUCGAGCCUGGCGAUCAUCCUCGGUCCGUAAUUCGUACCACCCGCCACCAUUCGCAGAGGAGCGCCCGAGCGAGCUCGAGUCUCGAUUGGAAGUUUUACAUUCGCAGCUUAACAGAUUAGAGACCCGCAUGACGGCCGACAUCAACGUCAUCCUCCAGCUUCUUCAGCGGCAGAUAGCGCCUGUCCCUCCGGCUUACAGCACCGUGUCUUCUCGGGCGCUCCAGAAUGACUCAUCGGGCCUAUAUGGGGGCGGGACACCCGUUUUGCAUGCCAUGUACCCGAUUACACCCUUACAGAUGGAUAGCCCCUCACCUUCUCUGAGUUCUACCCAGUCAGAUGGGAAAUCCACCAAAAAGUCCCAGGAGUUAGCGUCCAGCGACACCUCUGAAGCGGGAAAUCAUUCAAAUGCGGAACGGCCUCCUCCCACGAACCCUGAGACGUGCGCCUCUCUACGUUACCCUUCGCUGCCGGACAACCUGGACGUCACGUCGGGACUGUCCGAGAUCCAGAAACACUCCUCAGACCCAGUACUUCCUGUCAACUAG